AUGUCAGCCCGUCCCGCCUCCAUUCAUAUACCCAGCCGCCGCUCGUCGCUGCGCAUCCGCGCUGAUCGCAGGACCUCGAGUGUGGCGUACUCUACUCGCUACUCCGACAUCGACCCGGCUCCCACAACCCCGAAAACCUGGCUUGUGGACCACCCUGCUGCCCUCCCCAUGUCAGCUGCCCGCCGAGCUAGCAUACAAAGCAGGCCCUCCAAGGCCCGUGGACGUAAGCAGCCUCAAUCCCUAGAUUUUACUCCUGCAGCCUCCACUUCUCCCCUCCGUUCCUAUGAUAGGAACCAGGAGCCAGAGAAGAUGAAGCUAAGGCAGUCAUCAAUCCUCUCUGCCGCCUCCCUGAGCUCCAACCCGCCGCAGAUGGUCAAACGCUGGGAUGGCAGCGGACGCCGCUCUGUUCAGUGGGAUGGCCUGCGAAGAGACAGUGAGCUCUGGUUCGCAGACGGUGACUGCUUCGUCCAUCUGUAUGAGCGCGGCUACUCCCGCCGCGGUCCAUCAUUCUGUGUUCCGAUGGAGGCUCUCAAGCACGCUGCCUGCGGCAACCUCUUCACUCUGUGCUUUGCCCACACCGUUUCCCGAUCGCAGGUGCCUGCAAGCCAGCUGAGUGCGCUGAGAGAUGCUCCGGCCCAGAUGUACGAGCUGUACAUCCCCGCUCCAGAGGGUUUCAUGCGCGAGGAAGCUUUCCAGUGGCACCAAACCACCCGCAACUUCUUUGCCUUUCUCUUCAGGAAGCCCCUGGUUGGAACACAUCUUGGCGGCGCCUUCGUUGAUCUGCAAGAGCGCCUUCAUCUGUUCCGCUCCGCCCAGCCUAAGGAAAACCAAGCUGCUUUCAUGGAGUAUGCCGAGGAGGUGGGCUAUCUCAACUUCACUCACCGGCCCGACAACGCUCUGGCCAUGCUCUACUACUCCGAGCACUAUGAAACCAAGGAUCUCUGGAUCGACGCGUACGCACACUGCGUCGGCAUGAACGAGACACUGUUCCUCAGCAGCGAGCACGAGCCCAUUCCCAAAGUCACAAAGGCCCUCAUCACUCGAGCAUACCUCGAGAUGGAUCUGCACUUGACUCGCGUAUCGAAAGCCGUCAGCACCUUCUUGGAGGCAGAACUGUCUCCGUCCAACCUUGGCCUGCCGCCAGGACCUCGCGCUCAUCUGGAGCGAUUCCGUUCGUUUUUGAAUUCAUUCUAUGCCGACAAGUUUGGGUAUUGGCCUCCGCCCAAGGGCGCCGGUUUCUCCCGCGAUCUUUGCCGUUCGAUGUACUAUGACUUCAAGGCGCUCUACGACUACCUGGUGGAUAUAGACUCAUCCGAGUCAAUCCAGGCGCAGAAGCCUGCCGAUGGAGGCAUCUGCGUGCUGCAGAACGUGCAGGCUUUCGACAAGAGGCACAAGUACACUCCUUUGCCGCAUCCACUACCACUUCUUCCUACCACUCCUAAGCCGCAUGGCCGUGUCCUGUCGCAGCGGAGCCUGGUGUCUUUGACUUUGGGCAACAAGCAGAGCAAGACCGACAAGCAGCUCAUGCAGCUUGCUGCCCUGAGCAACGCCACGAACUCCAGGAAAACUACCAUUGCAAACGCCCCGCUGGUUAGAGUCUACAAGAUCUUCGAGCGGGAUUCGCUCGAUAAGCAGAAAGAGAAGGUCUCGAUCUCUGACGCACGCAAGGUGCGCUGGAUCCUGAUCUACGCAACCCUACAGAUGCUGGUGUCUGUCACGCGCGCACCACGCGAAGUUCGUGACACCGAGGGAGCACAUUAUCCACUAUGCUGUCUGACAGCGGGCACACCACCGUGGAAGAAUAAGCGACCCGAGGAGUCCGUGUCUGCAUCCGACUCGGGUUACGCAUCGGCCGAGACAGAUGCCGGUACACAAGGUGCCGCAACAUCGCUGCCGGCUACAUCCGCCAACGACCUGUCGUACUCUAUCCGUCCCGAUUGCGAGGGAUCCGACUACAUUACGCAUACCAACUUCCAGGAGUCCCCGAAGUUGUGUCGGCGAUCGUCCGUGUCACAGGGUGGUGAUAUGCCAGCACCGCUUCGCAUCUCUAGCAUCUCGUCACCUGUCCGAUCGUGCUCAAGACGUCACAGUGUAAGCGUUCCGCCGCUUAGCAGAACAACCUCAUGGAGGAGCUCGAUCGGCCGGUCUCUGUCGCCUUUUGCUUCUCGGAGGAACAGCAUCCGUAUCCAACCCCAGCCCUGGUGUGAAAUCCAGGUGCCUGGGUACGGCAACGGACUCAAUGAGACGAUCCUCGACGAACCCAGCCACACGGACGCCACGGCUUCUCCGACAAACACGGUGCCGUCCAAGUCUAACUCCUUGCGUCGCACGUCUCUUCCCACCAAGCUGACUGUCAAGACGUCCUUUGCUUCUCCUUUGGGCGCCUUCUCUCCUGUCACUGAGCCGAUAGUCGAGGACGACGAGAGACGAACCCCUAUCGAGUCUGCCGAUAACUCGUUUGACUUCAGCGAUGGUGGCGCUCCCUUGCCUGCCGCUUCACCGAAAGGUCCCUCUUCCGUUUCCGCCUUCUCAGAAACGCACGAUGGCGUCUCUUCCAAACGUAACAGCUACUUUCAUGCACGCCAUAGCAGCGCCGCGUCGGCAUCAACCGCAGGGAGCUCUCAGCUUAUGCGCCGAAGUGCCAGCAGUGGGUCCGCGCAAUCCAGUGGACCCAACAGCGUCGCGUGGUCACCCGCGGAAUCUAGCUCAACCGCUACAUCGGUGACGUCCAGGCCUUCUUCGCCUUCACCCUGCAACGAAGACAUCGCCACCGACGAUGCGCUUUCUCGCACCGAGCAGCUGAUGGCUGAGCUGGAUAUCGAAGCUACUCGGGAACAUAUCCUUCGCCGCCAAGAGAGCAUCAUCCGCCGCAGCUCAACCAGUCGCUAUACCGAGAUGCCACCCGUGCGUCGCAGCUCCAGCGUCUAUUCCUCCAGCAUCUACUCCUCCUAUGCAGCGGACAUUGUCAACAGCAGUCGCCCCGGCACUGCCAGCAGCGACUACUCGAAGGCACGACGUGUGAUGGGUCUGCCCGAAAGCGUCAACCUCGGCGACGGUGGAAGAAUGUCCGAGCAAGAUGUCGCCAAUAUGUAUCAACAGUUGGCUGGCGACUUGUGGGCGGCUUGA